AUGCGGUUCAGUCUCAUCACCAGCAGUUUCCUGGCCCUCGGCUCUUUUGUCGAGGCUGGUUUCAACCAGGGCGCCAUCAGAGCCUUUGACCACCCUCAUCCUCGGGGCUAUGAUCAGAAGCGCGCGCCUAUUCCCCCAAAGCCGGCUUUUGAGAAGAGAGCCAAGUCCAAGUUCUUGAACAAGAAAUCGGAAAAGUUUGCAGUCAACGGAUCUGCCAUUCCCGAGGUGGACUUUGAUGUCGGAGAGUCUUAUGCUGGACUUUUGCCCAUUUCUCAAUCCCCUGAUGAGGAGAGAGAGUUGUUCUUUUGGUUCUUUCCCAGUACCAACCCCGAUGCUGGGGAAGAGGUUCUCAUCUGGUUGAACGGUGGUCCUGGAUGCAGUUCCCUCAGUGGUCUUUUGACUGAGAAUGGUCCUUUCUUGUGGCAGCAGGGCACUCUCUCUCCUGUAGCCAACUCAUACAGCUGGACCAAUCUAACCAACGUCAUCUGGAUCGAACAGCCCGUGGGUGUAGGCUACAGCCAAGGCAAGCCUAACAUUACCAAUGAAGUAGAGCUUGGUCUCCAAUUCAUUGGUUUCUGGCGCAACUUUAUCGACACUUUCGAUCUCAAGGGUGCCACAACUUACAUCACCGGCGAGUCUUACGCAGGCUUCUAUGUUCCUUACAUCGCCGACGCCUUCAUCACAGCCGCUGAUGAUGAGUACUACAAGCUUGGUGGUGUAGCCAUCAAUGAUCCCCUCCUUGGUGACGGCACUCUUCAGCAGCAAGCUGUCAUCCUGCCAUUCAUCGAGUACUGGGACAAGCUAUUUUACCUCAACGAGACAACCAUGAACGCUCUUCGCUGGACACAUGAGCACUGUGGCUAUGACAAGUAUCUUGAGAAGUACGGAACUUUCCCCCCGCCCGAGGGAAAGUUUCCCGUCCUGCCCGAUCCUUACAAGGACACCAAGAACUACACUUGUGAUAUGUUUGACUUGAGUUAUGCUGCUGCUCUCGACUCGAACCCUUGCUUUAACAUUUACCACAUCACUGAUACUUGCCCCAAGACUUACAGCCAGCUCGGUAUUGUCAACCAGGGUGACUACUCUCCUCCUGAUGCUGAGGUCUACUUCAACCGCACAGACGUGAAGAAGGCUCUCCAUGCCCCUCUGGACAGCAUCUGGUAUCAAUGCACUCCCAACAAUGUGUUUGGUUUCGGCAACCCCAAUUCCACUCGCAGCGACAAGUCUCUCGCCCCCGCCCAAGACGGCGUCCUUAAGCGCGUCAUUGAGUACACCAACAACACCAUCAUCGGUGUAGGCCGCUUGGACUUCAUUCUCCCUCCCAACGGAACACUCUUUGCUCUGCAAAACGUUACUUGGAAUGGUCAGCAGGGAUACCAGAAGUACCCUCAAGACAAGCAGUUCUACGUACCCUUCCACCCAGAGUACAACGGCGGACGUCUUAGUGAAGCAGGUAUCGUUGGACAGUGGGGAUACGAGCGUGGCUUGACCUACUACGAGGUUCAGCUCGCUGGACAUGAGCUUCCUGGAUACAGUGCUGGUGCCGGAUACCGUGUCGUUGAGGCUUUGCUCGGAAGGAUUAAGAAUCUGGGAGUUGUCGAAGACUUUACUACACAGAAGGGCGAUUUCCAGGGCAAUGCUACAGCCAUGAGCAUGAAGGGUCUGAACCCGCUCGGACAGCCUUUUGGUCAUGGGCCUAUCUAUUAG